AUGAACGAGACCGCGGAGCUCUGGAUCCUCGCGCUCGGAGCUGCGCUCUUCUUCGCGGUGGCAUUUGCCACCAGGCGCUCCUGGUGCGAGGAGCCGGCGCCGCCGGAGUCCCUGUCCCCCGAGCAGAGCCAGAGAGCCGCCCUGGCGGCGCUGGCGGCCCUGGAGCCUCCGGUGGCCGCGGCGCGGCCCGCGGUGGUGCUGCCGCGCUUCCCGUACGCGCGGGGCAGGGCGUCGGAGACCCUGGUGUGCGCGAUCUGCCUGGAGGCGCUCCGUGUCGGCGAGGCGUGCAGCGAGGUGCCCGGGUGCCGGCACGUGUUCCACGGCGACUGCGUCGGCGCGUGGGCGAGGAGCAAAGGUAGCUGCCCGCUGUGCAGGGCGAAGAUCGUGCCGGGAUCCGGCGGCGCCGUCGCCGCCGACGACAUGGUGUAG